UUCCGCUGCUUAUAUAUACAGACAAUCAGGAAUCCUGCUGUUGUUUUGCUACUUCUUCUUCUUCUUCUUCUUCCCCCUUAAUCGUCUGCCUCCCGGAGAAUUUUGGUUUCUGCUAUCAUGGAUGACUGGGAUGCUCAGAAGAUGUUGGACUUGUACAUUUACGAUUAUUUACAGAGGAAGAAGCUGCAUAUGACUGCUGAUAUCUUAGCGGACGAGGCUGAUAUUCAGCCCAAAUCUGUUGUUAUCACCCCACCAGAAGGAUUUCUGUCAGAGUGGUGGUCCUUGUUUUGGGAUGUAUUCAUUUCUAGAGUUCCUCAGGGAGAUCAAGCCAGUACAUCCGAGACACCUCUGAAUGAUGUCUCUGUUCUGCCAAAUGCUCCUGGUUCUCCGGUGCCAGAUGUCAGCUAUAUGAUGCAGAAUGUCUCUCUAACAACGCCUAGGUCAGGACUUCCUAAUCAGACUCAGGCAGUCAAUCCACCACCAAUGCCAAAUAUGGGAAGUUUGCUGCAAAAUGCUUUUCCAUCUAUGAUGCCAAACAUGGAUUUCACCUCAAAUCAGUUCGGACAAACUCCCUUAUCAUUUCCAGAAAACACUAUGAGGCAGGAGCAGAUCAUGGCAGAUUUGGUUGCUCAAAGGGCACGUGAGCAAGAGCAUCUUAGGCUUCCUCCGAGGAGCCUUGAUACUAACUCGCAUGUCCUUAAUGUUGAUCACUUAGCUAGCAUGUUGCCGUUGGCAAGCAGUUCAAGCCGCCGUCAGAAGAAAGUUAGUAACAAGCGGCAGAUUCCAGUUAUCAAUGACGUCAACUAUGGUACUGGCUUGAGGAGGUCUAUUCCACCGGAGCUAACUCCUUAUGCACCAAAGCUGGUACAGGAUGACAUAGGACAUGCUGAUGCUGGAAGGAAGAUAUUAGAGGAUGUAUCAUUGCAGGGGCAAUCUUCACAAGUAUUCGGUUAUGCUGCUAACACCCCAGUGUCAGAUCAACAGAGGAAAAAUUCGUCUACAACAGAAAUCUGUCAAAAAAGUUCAUCUGACUUGGAGGCACAAGCAUCAAAAAAGCUUAUAAUAAGUGAACCUGAAAAUUCGAAUAUGAUGACAAAUCCUGCUCUCUCUAAUGAUGGAUCAAAGGGGAAAGGCAUACAAAUUGAAAUGACUGAAUCAGAGGGCCCAGUAGAUGAGGAAAUAGCAUCUUUUUUCUCAAAUGAUGAAGCUGCUAACAAUAUGAACAUUUCCUCCACCCACACUUCAGCAAAAAAACAAAAGGACCAGCAAGACUUUCCUUUCAUGCCAAUCAGAAGUCUCCACCCAAGCAAUAAUAAGCUAUUAUGCUGCGAUUUCUCAACCCAAGGGAAAUUCUUAGCUACUGCUGGGCAUGAGAAAAAGGUUUUCAUCUGGAACUUAAAGCAAUCUACCAGACAUGCUGUCCAAGGGCAUACUCAGCUCAUUACGGAUAUUCGAUUUAAGCCAAAUUCCCAUAUGUUUGCAACUUCGUCGUUUGACAAAAUUGUGAAGAUAUGGGAUGCAGCCAAUUCAAGAAAGAUACUUUACAAUCUUGUUGGGCAUGCGGAUCAAGUGAUGUCGGUGGAUUUCCACCCAAGAAAGUCCAAUCUGGUAUGCUCUUGUGAUUGCAGUGAUGAGAUCAGACUAUGGAAUUUCAAAGAAUCUGCUUGCUUUCGCUUUUUCAAGGGAGCUAAUAGGCAGGUGAGAUUCCAGCCUCGACAAGGGAACCUCUUGGCAGCUGCUACGGGUAAUGUCAUCAAUAUGAUCGAUGUGGAAACAGGCAUGAUCCGAUACCGCUUUGAGGGACAUGAAAAAGACGUCCGUACAAUAUGCUGGGACGUAUGUGGAGAAUAUCUCGUCUCGACGAGUCAGGACAGCACGCGCAUAUGGUCGAUUGUAUCAGGUGGAAAGUGCAUACAUGAGUUGCCCGCUUGUGGUAGGGAGUUCUCGUCGUGCACCUUCCACCCUGCUUACUCUCAAGUAGUGGCUGUGGGUUCCUACGAGUCCAUUUAUAUCUGGAACCCGACGAUGGGAAACAAGACGUGGAAGUUUGAUGGUCAUCAAGGUAUUGUAUCUGCGAUGGCAAAUGCACCGGAGACUAACAUGAUCGCCUCCGUGAGCCAUGACCAGUGGGUGAAGGUUUGGAAGUAGCCAUACAAUACAUAUCUCAAGUUAAAUGCUAUGCAUUAUGUAUGAAGAGAUUGUGCCUUCCUGUUGUUGGGAGUUUGUCUACUUUGAACAAGUUUCUGCUACUGUGCUACUUACUUACAUAAUGCAUGUUUUUUUUAUUGUUUA